AUGACAGGCUCCAAGGAAGGGAAUGGUCGGAAGCCAGGUCGCCAAAACAAACGCGGCGGCUCAGGACGCAAGAAGCGCUUGAGAAUCAUUAGAGUAAGACCGGGGAGAGCCAAGCCGCGGAGUUGCGAUUACUGUUUUCGCCUUCAUCGCAAGGAAGGAAGUGCAGGGGGUGGGUACGACGGCUCCUGGGAAUACUCAUCCUUCACCUGGCGGCGUCAACCCACUCCCGGUAGCACAAAUUCUCCUGGUAACCAACCCGAUCCAGGCUUGAUUCCAUCCCCUUUUGACCAAUAUGGGACAACCUGGGACAGCCGCUUCGGAAUGUUCCCUCCCCAAUCUUUUCCUCACACUCUAGACACUUCCGGACAGCCGAACAGCCUGUUCGGCUUUGUUGAUCCUCAUGCGUACCAAGCCAGGUCAAUGUGGCUCUCGACAAACGAACAGGGUCAGCAAGCGGGCGGUGGUGACGAGGAGGAGACAGAUGAGGAAGAGGAAGAAGAGGAAGAGGAAGAAGAGGAAGAGGAAGAGGAGGAGGAUGACGAUGAUGGGUAUGAUGAUAACAAUGAUGAUUAUGACGGAGGGGCAGGGCCAGGGCCAGAGGAGGACAAAGACGAGGGUCCAAAAGAGAGCGUAUGGUCUGGGAUGCUGGUCGAGAGGUAG